AUGAAAUUUGGUGCUGAAUUGGAGAGUCGUAUCCAUAUGCCAUGGCGAGACGCAUACAUGAACUACAAUGUACUUAAGCGGGAGCUCAAAGAUCGGCAGCUCGAUCAUGGAUGGCGUGAGCAUGAUGAGAUGUUCUUUUUGGGAGCAUUUGAGAAAGAUCUCGAAAAGGUGUACAAUUUUGUGGCCCGCAAGCUCAACGACGACAUUAUCCCUCGAGUGGAAUCAUGCGAGAGACAGCUUAAUAGUGUGAUGCCAUGCAGCGGGGAGCAACCCAGUGACUUACAUCGGGCUCUUGCAUCUCAACUUGCUGACAUUCUUGUGGAUAUCAAUGAAUUGGCUCGUUUCCAUCGAUUAAACCAGCAAGGAUUCGAAAAGAUGGUCAAGAAGCAUGAUCGUUGGACGCAUUUGAAUCUACGACAGCGAUACAAGCAAGAGAUGCAACAAAAAUGGCCAUUGGAUGCAUUAACACAGACGUUUGAUGAGCUUGUGGUGAGAAUAUCGCAUGCCAACAAUCAUUGUGAAGGGCAACAAUAUGGGCCACCGCCACCACCCAAGGGGGGCACACAACAAGAACAAGUGGAAUUUGAACGUGCAACUGCCAAGUACUGGGUUCAUCCCGAUAAUAUCACUGAAGUCAAGGCGAUCAUCCUUUUCCAUUUGCCUGUGCACGUUUACAACCGCAAAAAACAAUACGAAGCCAACGACGCUGCCAUCUCUUCUGUUUAUUUUGACAAUCCAGCAUUUGAUUUGUAUACGGAACGAUUGCAACGGGAUGAGGGAGCUGAAGCUAUUCGUUUUCGCUGGUAUGGUCAAGAUGCCAAGAAUGUGUACAUUGAACGCAAGACACAUCACGCCCCAUGGUUGAAUGGACACUCUGUCAAGGAUCGUUUUCGACUCAAGGAGCACAAGGUGGUGCCGUUUAUGCAUGGCACGCAUACAGCCGAUCACGUGGCAGCGGACCUUCGACAAGCCGGCAAUGCCGCGGAACACUCGAUUCAACAGCAGCAUUUCAUUGCUGAUGGUGUGCAACGUUCCUUUUCUCAACGCAAGUUAUCACCCAUGUGCCGUGUAUUCUACAAUCGUACGGCAUUCCAAAGACCCGGCGACCAACGAUUGCGUAUCUCACUUGAUUGCAACUUGACUUUUAUACGAGAAGAUGGAUUGGAUGGUCGUUCAAGAGCAGGUGGCAAUUGGCGUCGUACUGAUGUUGGUAUCGAAUAUCCAUUCCAUCAAGUCGAGGAAAGAGAUAUUCAUCGUUUCCCCUAUGCUGUACUCGAGACCAAGAUCCAGACCCACCUAGGACAAGAAACACCAGCAUGGCUAGAUACGUUGCUCAACAGCCACUUGGUGCAUGAAGUACCUCGCUUUUCAAAGUAUCUACAUGGCGCUUGUCAAUUGUAUCCUGAUCGCGUGCCCGUACAACCAUGGUGGCUUGAAGUCCUUGAUACAGAUAUUCGUAAACCUCCUAUGCUCGGUGUUGGUUUGUCACGUUCUCUCAGCCUGCAACCUCUUGUCAAUGGUCAUCAUCGUCACUCGUUAUUUUAUUCCGAUUCACAAGCAGCAGCAGCAGCAGCAGCAGCAGCAGGUCCCCGUCACCUUGCCAUCAAUUUCUCUUCGGCCAACAAGAUGGUAUCCAGGCAACGUGAACGUGCUGGCGAUCUGCUUUCUCGUUUCUAUCCAAAAUUGAUUUCCGACAAGAACAAAAAGAAGGAUGAUGACACUGAAAAGGAUCAACUCCCUCCACCUAAUACAUCCAAACCUCCUCAACCUCAACAACGUGUGCGUUCUAUUAUUCGGAAAAUCGAGCCCAAGACCUUCUUUGCCAAUGAACGUACAUUCAUUUCUUGGUUGCAAUUUUGUGCCUUGCUGCUCACUGUCGCUCUCAACUUGCUCAACAAUGGCGAUCGCAUAUCACGCAUCAUUGGCGGUGUCUUUAUCAUCAUGGCGUCCAUCAUGUGCCUUUAUGCAUUAGGCCGCUAUCAAUUCAGAGCAUGGCAACUACGCACGGGUCGCUACGUUAUACGCUACGAUGAUUUGUAUGGCCCAACGGUCCUUUGUGUCUGCUUGGUUACUGCACUCAUUGUUAACUUUUAUUUACGUCUUCCCCAAUUGAAAGAGACAACAACAACCUCGCCAUAG